AUGCAACACGAGCCGAUUCUCCUUCCCUUGCCCAAAGAGGGAGAUCGGUUGCAAACGCUGAAUCGGUUUCACAAGUUGAACUAUCGUUGGGAAAUUUCAUGGUCGGGGGGCAUCAUCUGCCCAGUUCUCAAAAUCCACCCUGUUGUUGUAGCCGAUAUCGGUGACAUGAAAUUCGGACAAGACUUUGAAAGUCCACUGCCUUUUCUCCGUUUUCAUCUUGGCAGCGAUGCGACCCAGUGGCUUAUCAACCACCCACACGGACUUGAUACGCACAACAUUCGCAAGCUCGAACUCUUUUUGAAUGAUAUGGGAAACAAAGUUGCAAAGGGGCGCACAACUGCCAUCAUUGGGCAGAUGUUGCUACGCCGCCUUUGUGCGGUGCAGCUUGGCCCGGUCAUGUUCCUGGUUGAGGCUACGGAUACAACUAUAAAUCCUCUACGUUUGUCAAAUGCGUGCCUUCGUGCGACGAAUGAACUGGUUGAGGACUUUGAAAAGUUUGACAACCUCUACGACGACGACGACAAUGUGUGUUUCGACAGGGAUGGAGUCACCCCCCGAGACGAGGACUGA